AUGGGUAAAGGUGGCAAAAAGCAGAAACGUGUCGACAAAGGCGGAUACUGGCACGCAACAGUUGCAACCAAGAAGAUUGAUGAUGGAGGCCUCGUUGGUUACAAAACCGCACUAGCAAACUACGUGGGGAAACAACCAAGUGGCGUACAAACUGACUGGUUGGUGCAUGAAUACUGGGUUGAUGAGUCUUCUGCUGAUGCCGAAAAGAUCUAUCGGAGUCCACAAGCUAUAAACAAGAAGAAAGCAGAAGAAGAGGAGAAUGAGAAGCAGACGCAAGCAUUGGAAGACGAUGUUGAGCAGCAGUCUCGUACUAUCGACUCUCAUCAACCGCAGCAGUUUUCGAAAGCCCCGUUGGAUUGUUAUCAACCGCAGCCUUGUGAUUCGGCGUAUCAACAGCGGCAGUUUUGGUCAGGCCCGUUAGAUUCUUAUCAACCGCAGCCUCAUCAUAUUGCGUAUGAACAACUUAUAUUCCAGCCAGCCCCAUUAGAUUCUUACCAAGCACAGCCUCAUGAGAUUGUGUUGUUUAGGCUUCUUUAA